GCUGGCUCUAUGCCAACUUACUUACUCGCGAUGCCCUUCGCCGCCUAUAAAACAUGGGCGCCAACCCUACCCUUGCCAAGCCAACGCAAGCAACACACACAUCGUCUUCUCCUCUCACCGAGCCAGAGCUAUCACAUCUCGUCAUUCACAUCGCAUCCAAACGUACUUGCAAAGUUCGCUAGACCAAGCAAGCACCAAGCAUCUUCGCACGUACGUCCACUGGAAAUGGAAGCUACCGACAGCCUCCUCAUGGCCACCGAGCUCAGGCUGGGCCUCCCCGGCACCGACGACAAGCCACACAAGAUCACCUCGGUGAUGUCGCCGCCGGCGACUCCCAGAGGCAGGAAGCGCACCCUGGACGCCUUCGAGGCCACCGCCUCCGAUGAGGCCGACAGGUCCGACGACGUCGAGACCGCACCCCCCGUGGCCAAGGCACAAGUUGUCGGGUGGCCGCCGGUGAGGUCGUACCGGAAGAGCUGCUUCCAGGCGGCGGCGAGCAAGAGCAAGGCGAAGAAAGCAGACGAGGCCAGCAGCAACAACACGCCGUCCGCAGCGGCGCCGGCGAGCACCAACGGCUCCUUCGUCAAAGUGAGUAUGGACGGAGCGCCCUACCUAAGGAAGGUCGACAUGAGGAUGUACAAGGGCUACCGGGAGCUCAGGGAGGCCCUGGAGGCCAUGUUCGUCUGCUUCUCCGGGGCAGACGGCGGCGCUUCCAACGGCGGCGCGAACCCGGCCGAGUACGCCAUCACCUACGAGGACAAGGACGGCGACCUCAUGCUUGUCGGAGAUGUGCCCUUCGAUAUGUUCAGCGGCACAUGCAAGAAGUUGAGGAUCAUCAAGAGAUCCGAAGCCACAGGCCUGGGAUCCAAAUAAUGAAGAUCU